UUGUCUUUCCAGCUGGCCUGCUGCUGUGGUACUGAUGCUUGUUCCUUGUGCUGCAUGUGCUGCCCCAAGAUAAAACAGUCAACCAGCACCCGCUUCAUGUAUGCGCUUUACUUCAUCCUGGUGACUAUCAUCUGUUGUAUCAUGAUGUCAACGACAGUAGCUAACGAAAUGAAAACGCACAUUCCCUUCUACAAGGAGGUGUGCAAGGGUAUUCAGGCAGGUGAGAUGUGCGAGAAGUUGGUGGGAUACUCUGCGGUGUACAAAGUCUGUUUUGGAAUGGCCUGUUUCUUCUUUUUGUUCUUCUUGUUCACCAUCAAAAUUAACAGCAGCAAAAGCUGCCGGGCAUACAUUCAUAAUGGAUUCUGGCUCAUUAAACUUAUACUUCUGGCAGCAAUGUGCUCAGGAGCCUUCUUCAUUCCCGAUCAGGACACUUUCCUCAAUGCCUGGCGCUAUGUAGGAGCAACAGGAGGUUUCCUUUUCAUUGCCAUUCAACUCAUCCUGCUUGUUGAGUUCGCACACAAGUGGAAUAAAAAUUGGACGGCAGGUGCAAACCACAAGCAGAUGUGGAAUGGUUUGCUUGCCCUGGUCACUCUCAUCUUGUACUCCAUUGCUGUGGCAGCCCUGGUCCUCAUGGCUCUUUUCUACACACAUGCAAAGGGCUGCAUGUACAACAAAGUCCUGAUCGGUGUUAACGGUGGCCUGUGCCUCUUUGUUUCACUGGUGGCCAUAUCGCCCUGUGUCCAGAAUCGCCAGCCCCAUUCUGGUUUGCUGCAGUCAGGAGUUAUCAGCUGCUAUGUUAUGUACCUCACUUUCUCAGCGCUAUCCAGCAAGCCACCAGAAACUAUCCUGGAUGAAAACAAUCAGAACAUAACAAUCUGCGUACCUGAAUUUAGUCAAGGCCUGCACAGAGAUGAAAACCUGGUUACUGGCCUGGGUACUACCAUUUUGUUUGGCUGCAUUUUAUAUUCUUGUUUGACCUCAACAACACGUGCAAGCUCAGAGGCACUGAGGGGAAUAUAUGCAACACCUGAAACUGAAGUGGCUCGUUGCUGCUUUUGCUGUGUGCCUGAUGGAGACGCUGAUGCUGAAGAGCAUGCAGAGAAAAGGGGAGGCCAGACUGUGAUUUAUGAUGAGAAGAAAGCCACAGUGUACAGUUAUGCCUACUUCCACUUUGUUUUCUUCUUGGCUUCGCUCUAUGUGAUGAUGACAGUAACUCAUUGGUUCCAUUACGAAAGUGCUGAGAUUGAAAAAUUCUUCACUGGAACCUGGUCCACCUUCUGGAUUAAGAUGGUGUCCUGUUGGGUUUGUGUCUGUCUGUACUUAGCAACUCUUAUUGCUCCACUCUGUUGCCCAAACAGAGAGUUCUCAGUGUGAACACUCAGAAGGUCCUUCUGUGUUUUUCUGUUUCUUUUUUUUUCCU